GUCGAGUGUUCUGCCAGCGCUGUGUUACAAAAUUGUUACAUUUUAAUCGAUGAUUAUUACGUGUUAACGUUCCUUCGAUACUAAGCGGUUCUUAACUAAACUCAGUAUUGUACAAUUUAGCUGUUUGUUUUCCUUAUUUAUUUUUUGUACGCGUUUGUGUUGUCGGAUUUCGUCGUGCUACAGGUUAGAAUAACCAAGAAUGUGCGUUGACAUUUCUACAUCAGUAUUCAAUGACAAGAAUGUUGGUUAUCUCUGACACUUGGAUAGGUGUUCAGUCCCAUUGAGACAUUUGAAGUAUUGUAGGUUUCUGUAACCAUGCCCCUUUAGAUUCCAAGUUAUUGAAGAAAUUGUUGAAAAAUUAUGGGGAACGAAGGGAGCAUGCUGUCUGGUUUGGAACUUGACUCAAAACCACUUGAAAACACUGACGAGUGGACUCUCCAUUCGGCUACCUCCACCUGCAAUGGUUCUCCAACAUUGUCUGUCUUUUGUGCCCGUCAGUCUCAUGAUCAUUUGUCCAAUAAUUCUCUGGAAAAUGCCAUCAAAAAUUUAAGGAUUUAUCGCCAUCCUAGUAUUUUAAAGUAUAUUUCUUCAUGGACGCACCAAGGACAACUGUGUAUGGCUACAGAGAGUGUUAGUCCUCUGUCUAGUGCCCUGGGUACACAGACUGUUCUGGAAAUCUGCCUAGGUCUGCAUGAUAUUUUAAAAGCUCUCAUAUUUCUGCAUGAAAAGGCCCUUUGUUCACACAAUAAUGUGUGUUGUGCUGCCAUAUAUGUGACUUCAGAUGGGUCUUGGAAGCUUGGUGGCCUAGAAUUUUUAUCCAGAUUAGCAGACACAACACCUGAUGCCUUACAAAAGAAGCGUGCUCAGCGCUAUGAAAAGGCAGUUCCUCCAGAGGAAGACUCAAGGAAAUCAUUUGAUCCAAAUACCAUUGACACGUUUGCCUAUGGUGUUUUAGUAGAUGAUGUUUUCCGCAGAGUACCUGAUGAUAUUCAAGUGCCAGGAAUUAAGGAAUUCAGAGAAAUGAGCCGGAAACAGCUGCAAAGCCCUGAGCCCUCGUUGAGACCAAAAUUGUCACAGCUUUUAACUCAACCGCUAUUUAAUCACACUUUUGUUGUAGUUCAUGAUUUUCUAUCUGAGUUACCCCUGAAGUCAGAUGUGGAGAAGAGUACAUUUUUCAGAGGCUUGGUUGAUCAGCUACGUGAAUUUCCUGAAGUGCUCUUAGCUAGUCAGUUGAGUGCAUUGCUGCUCAGCCGUUUGGUCCUCCUUGAUAAAACUGCUCAAGAACAUCUUUUACCAAUGAUUCUUCAACCUCAAAAUAGUUCAGAGUUGAUAUCUAAUCAGCCACUCUUCAGUAUGACUAUAUUCCAACAAUACAUAGUACCUAGACUUCUUCACAUGUUCUCUGUUCGAGAUGCUCAGGUGCGAUUACUAUUGUUGGAGCAUUUUGAACACUACUGCACAGCUUUCACAAAGGAGCAACUCUGUUCAAAGGUUUUGCCAGAGCUAUUAGUGGGUAUUAAAGAUACAAGUGACACUAUCGUUGCUAGUACAUUGCGGGCCCUAGCCCUCCUUGUCCCUAUCCUGGGGGCUGCAACUGUUAUCGGAGGAAAACGAGCAAAGCUGUUUACUGAUGGUAGACCUAAACAGCAUGGAUUUGCUCCAAUUCAGUCUCCAGCUUUGACUCAAACUGAGCGAGAUCGACCACAAAACAAGGAGCGCCCAAAGUCUUCUGUCGUUCAAGAGGUUUCUGCUCCAUUAUCUUUAGUUGAGUUACCUGAAAGACCAUCACCUGAUGGGGGUGAAGACCUUACAUCAGCAGCUCAACUGGAUGAAGAAACAGAUAACUGGUCAGACUGGGACUUAAAUGACUCACAGGCCUCAAAUGGUUUUGAGGAAGGAGCAGAACCAAGUCUGCCCAUUCCUGUCAGCUCUGCUGCAACCACUGCCGUUACACUGGCAGGCUCUUUAAAGGCACCACUUUCUCUAGCACAAUCAUCGGUGAUCUUAGCCUCAGCUAAGGCAAAACUUCCUGACAUAACUUCAUUAGAUAUCAAGAACUCUGUUGUUCCCAAGAAAAAGCAAAGUGCCCCAGAGGAAAUAGACUUUUUCCAGGACAUGGAGCCUAUAAUAGCUAAGCCCAAAUUAUUACAUUUUGAUGAUGUUGAGGACUUUGUUGAAACCUCUGCUACUAAAACUAAUAGUUGCUUCGAUGUAGACGUGUCUGCUACUACAAUGGCUGAUAAUGAAGCUUGGGGGGAUAAUGAAGACUGGGGUGACUUGAGUGAUCCUGACUUACCACACAGCUAAUGAUUGUGAAUUUGUGGUCUAAUUUUUAGUGUCAAAUCAAAGUUGUUUUUAUCUACUGUUACUGCUUUUUUUUAUCAUUGUUCAAAACAAUAUAAAGUGCUUGGUGGAAGUUUACAUUAGCUCAUACUUAUGACCUUUUCUGUAAGUUCUUUCCUAUUCAAUGUCAUUGUGAUGCCAGAAACCAAAAUAAAUAAAAGAUUGAAUCCAAAAUU